AUGCGCGUUUCACUUCUCGUCUCAGCACUCGUUGCGCCGCUUGCCCUUGCCGCUCCCACACUAGAUGCCCGCCAGGCUGCUCCAGUCAAGCCCGCACCUUGUGUGCGUGACAGCAAAGUCACAGUGCAGGAGACAGAAGCACGAUUCAAGCGGUUUGCGCAGGCGUUUAUCUAUCAGCGAGAUAUCAGCAAGGCAUUUUCGUUUAUUGCGGUGGAUUAUAUUAAUCACAACCCACAAGUAGCCAAUGGAUCCACUGCUGCAUGGGAAGUUCUUUCCCCCUUCUGGAACACAGCCAACAUAACCGCCAAGCGCGAUGCGUUCAUCUCUCCCAUGAGCUGGGUCAACUACGACUCGGACUUUGGCGAUGUCGUGGAUCGGUUUAGGUGGGAAGGUGGAUGCAUUGUUGAGCACUGGGAUCAGAAUGAGACAUUUCCCGCAAUCAAAGGCUGCAAGGCUGUCUACUAA